CCUAUGAAAAAUUAAUGCACCUUUAUAGAAGAUAGAAAAGAGAAAACCAGAUGUUGUGAAGUAAGGCCGUGAGUCAAGAAAUCGAACACAUACUCCCUCAUGAACUUGCUUCGAAAAUAUAUAAAUAGCUACUAACAUAUCACGAAAUUAAUUGAAAGUUGAGAAAAAUAAUGGAAAGAAAAUAUAAAAUGGAAUCAAUACAUUAGAUGGAGUAACAUAAAUAAUGCCGUGAGUCAAGAAAUCGGACGCCGUGUUGUGGAUCUCAGCUGAGUCCAGAAGAAGGCCAGACAUAGCUUGACAUUUUUACCCGUAUUUGCCGAACAAGAUGGAAGACGUUACCCAGAGCGAGGAACAUCAGUUUGUGGUGGAUGAGGUGAGCACCAUCAUCAAGGAGAGCAUUGAGACAGUCAUUGGUGGCAAUGCUUACACCAGCGCCAAAGUAAACAACUGGACCUCUCAGGUGGUGGAGAAUGUGCUGGGUAACCUGUCCAAGCUCAACAAGGCCUUCAAAUAUAUUGUGUCGUGUGUCAUCAUGCAGAAGAAUGGUGCUGGUCUACACACAGCCAGCUCAUGUUACUGGAACAAUGACACGGACGGGUCUUGCACUGUGCGCUGGGAGAACAAGACUAUGUUCUGUAUCGUCUCUGUAUUUGGCCUGGCUCUCUAAGGCUACCACCACUACACCUAAAUUUUCAUCUUUCUUUUAGCUCAUCUCCCUGUAGCUUUCUUUUCCUUGGAUUAGCAUAAUUCUGCAAUCUUUCUUACCUAAGUUUUCUCUCUCUCUCUCUCUCUCUCUCUCUCUCUCAGAUUAAUGUAAUUCUUUGGUACUUUUCUCUAUCAAAGUUUUCAUCCUCUUUCAUUCUGUCUUUCUCCCUUCAGAUUUGUUUAAUCUUUCAAUCCUUUUUAUUUAUUUUUAUCCUUUUCCUUUUUCUCUUUGUAUUAAUGUAGGUAUUUCUGUGAUCUUUAAUUUCCUACAUCCUUCAUUGUAGGUCUGGGGUUUUUCUUGUCUUUUUUAUUUUCUUAUUUUAUUUAUUUAUUUUUUUCUAUUCAUAGGUUUUGAUGCGUUUAGCUAUUCCUGGUUUACAGUGAUAAAUAUAUUAUUGACUUACAUUCUCCUCCCUUUAUGAUUCUUUUUAUGUCAUUGUCAAGAUCUACACCCAGUAGGAUAUUAUAAUUUACUAAUCUGUCCACGUAGGUAUUUAAGGACAGACAUCUAAGUACGUCUGGUAAUGUGUGUAUGUAUGGAGAGGGAUGGUGUGUGAAUGUGUGAGAUGAGAUGAAAAUAUAGUUUUGGAGCCCAAUUGUUCCUUCAUUGCAGCCUAACUUGACCUGAUGCAAGAUUGGAGUUUCAGAGGAUAGCAUGAUCUGACCCACUCUUUUUCCAGUGGGCUGUGGAGGUGCAGUGAGUCAGUUUGGGCCUCUUUUGUCUCUGAAGCUUGGGUCAGGCAAGGUUAGGUCAAGUUAAGUGUUAUACCAGCCAGAUUUUUCUCUUUAUAUUAGUUUAGGAAAAGAAACAGGUUGAGAAUAUUUUGUCUAAAAUUAUAAAAGGUGGAGUUGAGUGGUGACUUAUAUAAUUUAUUCAGUUUCAUGCCAAUGACACAAAAGCACCACAGUAAUAUAAAUAAUUUUUCUUACAUUAUCAGAAUGAUCAGUUAUGCAUUGUCAUCCUUUAAUACACAUGACAUUUUCAACUUCCAUCUAAUUUUGAGAAUGUAACCAUUACCAUACUUAAACAUAUGUGUGGAUUUUGUAAUAUUUUCCUCUUUUGGCAGGAUGUAACCCUUUAUCAUAUAGAGGCAUAUGUGUAUUCCUAAACUCAGAAUAUCCCUUGCAAAUCCUAGCAUUCCAGAUAAAGAGUUCUCAGCCUGUCGUCGUAAGGAAAGGAAUGAAAUGUAUCGUUUAUAGCUAGGUAAAUUUUUGAACCUGCCUUAUGAAGAUGCACUUAUUAGACAUUAUGAACAUUAGACAAGGUGAUUGAUAAUUAUGAAUCUAAACAUAACCUUUGACCAACUGCUGCAUCAAGCAGCAGCACUUAUUGUCUCUUUUAAUCAUUACACAUUAUAUAUGUACAUUACACACGGUGAUAGACAAUAUUGUGAAUCUUAAAAUAACCCCAGAAUGACUGAAUGCCUUUAAAAGCCAUUAGUUGUCCCUCCAUCGCUUACUUGGCUGCUCUGAUACAGUGAUGACAACUCGGAUAACAGAACUGGAGCAUGUAUAACCUGUCAUCUAAUUGGUUACGUCGUGUGUUUACAUAUUAUGAAUAUUGAUACGUUUUUUUUCUUGUGAUGCAUUUAGAGAUAUUAUUGAAUAAAGUUUUUUUUUUGUGAUAAUAUGUCUGUUGCAACUAUUAUUUAUGAUAGUUAAUAUAUUACUAUUAUUAUCAUUAUCAAUAAAACAGGAAAUCC